GGGCCCGCCUCAGCACGGGCGGCGGCGCUCCGCCUGCCCGGCGUGACGCAGCUGUGUCCUGCGCCAGCCACCGUCGCGGCAAGAUGGCGGAGUCCGGUGACAGUGAGGAGGAAGACCUGGUGAGCUACGGGAGCGCGCUCCAGCCGCUGCAGGAGGGUGAACGAAUUAAAAAGCCAGUUCCUCUUCAAGAACAGACUGUUAAAGAUGCAAAAGGACGAUAUCAGCGUUUCCAUGGAGCAUUUACUGGUGGUUUCUCUGCUGGUUACUUUAACACUGUUGGCACAAAGGAAGGAUGGACUCCUUCAGCUUUUGUAUCAUCACGGCAGAAGAGAGCAGACAGAACUGUUCUUGGACCAGAAGACUUCAUGGAUGAAGAGGAUCUUAGUGAAUUUGGGAUAGCACCAAAAGAUAUUACAACCACAGAUGAUUUUGCAUCCAAAGCUAAAGAUAGAAUAAAAGAGAAAGCUAGACAGAUUGCAGGAGUAGUUGCUGCCAUUCCAGGAACCACUGCAUUUGAUGAUUUAAUAGGACCAUCAAAAAUAACAAUCGGGGUUGAACUGUUACGAAAAAUGGGCUGGAAAGAAGGUCAAGGAGUUGGACCGCGCGUGAAAAGAAAGCCAUGCAGGCAGAGACCUGACCCUGCGGUGAAAGUAUAUGGUUGUGCAUUACCACCCGGACUGUCUGAGGGUUCUGAGGAUGAAGAGGAUGAAUACCAGCCAGAAAAUGUGACAUUUGCACCAAAAGAUGUAAUGCCUGUAGAUUUGACUCCAAAAGAGAAUGUCCAUGGACUUGGCUAUAAGGGUUUGGACCCCUCACAAGCUUUGUUUGGUGUAUCUGGAAGAGAACACCUGAAUCUUUUCACAGGUGGUUCUGAAGACACAAGCAAUUUAAUUGGUGAUCUGAGACACAGUAAAGGAAGAAAACUAGGUAUUACAGGUCAGGCUUUUGGUGUAGGAGCUUUAGAGGAGGAAGAUGAUGAUAUUUAUGCAACUGAAACACUGUCAAAAUAUGAUACAGUUCUAAAAGAAGAGGAACCUGGAGAUGGAUUAUAUGGCUGGACAGCGCCUAAACAGUAUAAAUCCAAAAAAAGAUCUGAAAGAGAAGUUAAAUAUAUUGGCAAAAUCUUGGAUGGUUUUUCCUUGGCAUCAAAAUCAUCAAUUCCAAGCAAGAUUUAUCCACCACCUAACCUGCCACGAAAUUACAGACCAGUCCAUUACUUUCGACCUGUGAUCACAGCUGGGAAUGAAAACUACCAUUUACAGAAGGCAUUAGAUGAAUCGACUGGAAAACUUGAGAGUGAUAUGACACAACAAAGCAGACAUGCUUUGAAUGCAUCUCAGAGGAGGGAACGACUAGGAGAGACUGGUCUAAAAGGUCCGGCUCCUUCUGUUUUGGAAUAUCUGUCUGAGAAAGAUAGAGAAAGACUCAAAGAAGUGAAACAAGCAUCUGAAAAACAAAUGAAGGCAAAAAUACUGCCUCAGCAAUCACGAAAUAGCAGGUUCCAGCCAGCCUCCCCAGAUGAUGCUUCUCACAAAUGGCAAAUGUUGCUGGGGGGGCAGUUAGCAAAUGCUGGUUCUAGUGACUUCAAACCAUUUGCAAGAAAUCCAGAAAAACAAAAAAGAUACGAAAGUUUUGUGAAGAGUCUUAAACAAGGAGAAAAAGUAGAUACAUUGGAGCAUUAUUUAGAUCCAACUAUGACAGAAUGGGAGCGAGGAAGAGAACAAGAGGAGUUCUUCCGUGCAGCAAUGUUCUACAGAUCCUCAAAUUCAACACUGUCAUCCAGGUUUACUCGGGCCAAAUAUGAAGAUGAUGUUGACAAAGUCGAAGUUCCUCGGGACCAAGAGAAUGACAUUGAUGAUAAGGAGACUGCUGUGAAGAUGAAGAUGUUUGGCAAACUCACAAGAGACAAAUUUGAAUGGCAUCCUGAAAAGCUGUUGUGUAAAAGAUUUAAUGUUCCUGAUCCGUAUCCUGAUUCUUCCAUUGUUGGGUUACCAAAAGUGAAACGAGACAAGUAUUCUGUGUUUAAUUUCUUAACUCUGGCUGAGCCCACCACGUCUGUAACUCAAGCAACAAAUGAAAAAAUCCAACAGAAUAACAAUCUCAACAAACCAAAGAAACCUUCAAGAUGGGAUGUUUCAGAUAAAGAGAAGGAGAAAAAAGAUUCUAUCAGCGAAUUCAUUAGCCUUGCUAGAUCGAAAGCUGAUGCUCAGCAGCAGCCACCGGUGCCAGCAGCAGAAGAAUGUGCAACUGAGCUGAGUGAAACUCUUCCCACUGAGGUAGGUAAUGAAGAUAAGGAUCAGGAAGAAGAAAGCAGACCAUCCAUGGACUUAUUUAAGGCUAUUUUUGUGAGUUCGUCAGAUGAAAAAUCAUCUUCCUCUGAAGAAGAGAGUGAUGAAGAACAGCAACCAACUGCUUCAGUAAUAGAUUCAGAAACCACCAAGCAAGUUAUUGUACCAGACAGUUCAUCUUCUAAUGUACAAGAGAAUGUGGCUGCUACAGCUGAUCCUGGUGUUUCUUUGUUGCCUACUUCAAAGCAGGAACUGGAUGCAACAGAGGAAUUUGGACCAAAGUUGCCUCCAGCUUUUUCUUCUGGUGGCCCAACUUGGCAACAAGAACCAAUGGUGCAAGCAAUUUUUCCUGGGCCUAGUAGGAAAGAAAAACAUAGGAAGAACAGAGAGAAACACAAGACUAAGAGAGAACACAAACACAAAAAGGAAAAGAAAAAGAAACAUAGGAAACAGAAAAGCAAAGGAAAACACAAGAAUAAAAAAUCAGAAAAAGAUAGCAGCUCAGACACUGCAGAUAGCAGUGACAGCCUUAGUGAUACAGAUACCACAGGCUUGUCACCCAAAGAACUUCUAAGAAGAUUAAAACAGCUUCAGUAUUGAAGAGGUAGCUUGCUUUCUUCAGUGCUGUUUGUCUUGGUCUCAAAUUUUUGAUCUCCUCCAUGAUGGUAGAUCAAUCUUUGAAGCACUGUAGAUACUGUAUUCAUAUUGAAUUAGUUUGAAAGUAAAUGUGCAUAUCUUUAUUUUGUGAUGCUUCAUAUGUUCAAAAUGUAUGGAUUAUGGAAUGUUGAAAAGACCCCUUUCUGGGAAGCAGAAUCGGAAAUACUGGAGGCUCUGUUUUAAUUAAUAUGAAACAAAGUAUUUUAAUAAACUUAAGUAUUACAAAUAA